AUGGCCACAGAGAUAACGCUAAACGAUCGUACACCAGCGAUACAUCGAUCGUUCUCGCUGCGACGAAAGAAGUCGAUUGGUUCAUGUGAUUCCAGUGCUUCAACUUCAACCAAUAACAAUGGUCGAAUCCCUUUACCGGGUUUCGUCAUUCUGCUUGCGUCUGAUUCUCAACGAAGAAUCACCCUUUAUGGAACAGCAGCUGAUCGUGCAGGAUUGUGUAUCGGUGACGAGAUUAUUGAGGUGAAUGGAACACCUGUCGAAGGCAAAGAACAUGCCGAAAUUGUACGACUCAUUCAUAAAGUAAGUGCAUGA